AAGUAGAUUUCUCUGAUUAAAAAAAUCAAAAUAGAAACAUCACUGCAAAAGCAUGUAGAAGUCUAUACAGUCUAAAGUCUAGUCCUAGUACUGUCUAGAUCCAUAAAACUAUAUUAUUAUUUAAUAUAGAUCUAGAUUCUAAGUCUAGAUCAAAUCAACAUUUUGCAUUUUUUAAUCAAACACAGUGUUUGGUAAAAUGCAGACAUCUCAGCAGCAGCAUGUUCCAGCAUCUGUCUAUUCAGAGUUUAGAACAGAUGGGCUCUCUAAACUGGACACUGAUAAUAAUGAUGAGAUAAAAAGCAAUGGACGAAUAAACUGGAAUCAAUUUAGAAGUGCCUGUGCUUUAAUACCGGUACCAGUAAAAAAUGAACAUGAAAUAUUUUUGCAACACAAGGUGGAAAAUGAGUUCACAGUGUUUAGGAAAAUAGCAUACAAAGUUACUGGUCGCCAUUAUGAUAUACCACAGGGACAUUGUGCCAUUAUUGCAUAUUCUAAGUCACCAGACCCAUCAGAGCCUGCUGUAGCCAUUGGAGCUAUCUCAUAUUGGAUUGCAACAAAGGAAACGAGUAGGUCUCAUCACCAUUCUGAUCAUUUUAUGAAUGAUUGUUUUCACAAGAUCUCCUUUUUAUUUGUGGAAAAAAUUCAUCAGAGGAAGGGUGUAGGCAGACGUCUUGUGAAUGAAGCCAUACAUGAAAUGAAAAACAGUGGAAUUAAUCAGCCCAUUCACUUAGAAGGAGCUAAGUCAGCUCUUAAGUUUUUCAAGAAAAUUGGAUUUGUCUCCUGCAGUAAAUUAAGAAGAGAUGUUGCUUAUCACCACUCUAUUUUUAACAAUUGUGUUAAUAUGUAUUAUGCACUGUAACAAAAUUAUAGGUUAUUGUUUCCCACAUUGUCAUGAGUAGAAUAGUAUCUGUUGAUAUGUUGACAAGUUCAUACUUCCCUUUUUCAUGUUGCUAAGGUUAUUUAUAUUCCAAUUGCCUCAGGACAGGAAUUUUUUUUAACAAUGGUUUUAUACUAUAUUUUUAAAUGUACAAAAUUUUUAUUUACUUUCACAUUAAUUGUCUUGACACAAUCCUGUUUCUUUCAUUAAUUGAUAACCACUUUUUUUAAAAUCUCAACUUCAUUAUGUUGAAAGCUCAUGCUUUCAACUUUUAGUAGUUGCAAUUGAAUGUCACUAGCUUUUUUUCUAAUAGUUUUAAAAUUUUAGUAGAAAAUAAUAAAUAAUGCUGAUUUGGCCUCAGUAUAGUAUUACAUAAAUGUUACAUAUAUUUUCAUAGAUUAUGGAAGUAUUUAAGAUUGAGAGUAAUGAUAUGUUGUACAUAAUAAAGACAAAAUUAUUUGAAAAUGUUAGAAAUUUAUAUAUAUUUAUUUAGUUUUCAUAAUGACUAAGACAAAUAGUUGUUAUCUAUUCUGUGAAUUUAGUUUGAUCUGAUGUGUUUAUUUUUUAAGUUGUAAAUUUACUUAAACUAGUAAAUAACAUUACAAAUUAAAAAACAAAUGUGUACAUUGUAUUUUAUGUUCAAUGUGAAAUAAGUUGUGAAAUUUUAAAAAAUAUUGAAAUAGAAAGAUUGUCACCAUGAAUAAAUGUUUGAGACUUUAUUGGCUACAUUAAAUUGCAGUUUUUUUUAAUCUUAUUUGAAAUAAUCAAGUGCAGCGUUGUGCAAUUUAACUUUUUUUUUUUUUUUUUUUGCUUUUAUUUAUUUUUCCCCACACAAUAACAACAAAA